ACAACAAAAAAAAAAUCAGUGUGUUGGUGGUUCAAAAAAUCUUUGGCUAUGGGGUUAAGGCAAGUAGUUUUUGGGCUAUUGUUGGCAUUUGUGGUUUGUUUGUCUGAAGCACAAUGGCAAAGUAGAUCAAUGCAAAGCCCUGCAGUGCUUAAGCUUCAACCGGUAGCACAAGGUCCACUGGAACCUGAAUUUAGGAUGUUUCAGAGUGCCCCAAAAUAUCCUCAAGAUCUUAUGGGUGUUCAGUCAAAAGAGCUGUUACAGGGUCCAGUGGCAAAACUGAUGUGGAGCUUUCCAAGUCUACCAGAGGAACCACAGCAGCCAGACAUUCCCUUUGAGCUCCCGCACCCUAUCCCUCCCAACAGUGUAGCGGCUCAGUGUGGAGAGAAUUCAGUGUAUGUGGAAGUGAUGGAGGACUUCUUUGGGACUGGGCACCCACUGUUGUCCUCUGCUUUUACACUGGGAGGUUGUACUGCGACUGGAGAGGAUCCUUCUGCUCAAGUGCUUGUCUUUGAGUCUGAACUGCAUGGAUGUGGCAGCACAUCAAUGGUGACUGAAAAUGAGCUGGUCUAUAUAUUUUCCCUCAUCUACACUCCACAAGAGGCUACAUAUGGUGGUCCUAUUGUCAGGAGCAGUGGUGCUGUGGUUUUUAUUGAGUGUCACUAUCCAAGAGUACAAGACGUGAGCAGCAAUGCCUUAAUGCCUACUUGGAUACCUUAUGCUUUCACCAAAUUUGCAGAGGAACUUUUGGUUUUCUCCCUCAAGCUCAUGACUGAUGACUGGAGAUUUGAGAGGCCUUCUAAUCAGUACUUCUUGGGUGAUAUCAUACAUUUUGAAGCCUCUGUGAGGACAUACAACCAUGUUCCUCUCCGUCUUUUUGUGGAUAGCUGUGUGGCUACAACAGUCCCUGAUGUCAGUGCUGUCCCUAGAUACUCCUUUAUUGAGAACAAUGGGUGCAUGGUCGAUGCCAAGCUCACAGGCUCCAGGUCUUACUUUAUGCCCCGGACUCAAGGUGAUAAGCUGCAGUUUCAGCUGGAGGCAUUCAGGUUUCAACAAGCAGACAGUGGACUGCUCUACGUCACAUGCUUCGUAAAGGUGGCUGCAUCAUCCACCCCAACAAGUCCUGAGCAGAAAGCUUGUUCGUUUUCUGCUAAUGGGUGGGUGUCAGCAGAUGAAUCUGAUCAGGUGUGUGGCUGCUGUGACACAACCUGUAGCAUGAGGAGUGCAAGCGAUCAGCUUCUUAGAGAUCUACGGUGGGAGAGAGCCUCUGUUGGACCCAUCAGUGUUAAGGAAUAUGGAAAGUAACCAAAUGGCUGUUUGGUCAUGUGGAUGUUGAAAAUAAAACUUUUUAAACCUA